AUGAGCGGCACAGAGAAGACAUGUGUGCUGGAUGCUUCUUCAGAGGCGAGGCAGACAGAGCACCACUCGCUGCCGAAGGAUGGUUCCAAGUCGGAUGCAGCCAGCGCGGAAGAGAGGCGCAUAGACGCUGCGCUCAUCACAGGCCAGACUGGAAGCAAGGCACAAGGAGCGGCUGCUGGACACACUUUUACAGAGUCGGAUCUGCACUUGGAGCCGCAAGAGUAUAGGCGCUUGUUGAGAAAGAUCGAUCUUGCCAUUGUGCCUUAUGUGACCUUGUUGUACCUGCUGAGCUUCUUGGAUCGCGUCAACAUCGGGUGCGUCGAGGCUUGCAGUCGCACCAAAGGGAGCAGGGCUGCCAUCGACAUUGCUCCAUCCGGCUGAUCUGAUCCCCCUCUCUGACUUCACGACAGACAAGCAGCCACCCUUGGCCUGCGUACAGACCUUGGCCUUGUGGGCAACCAGUAUGCGGGUGAGUCGAUCUCUUUCUCUCAAGACGAUGUCUGAGCGGCUUAGGCUGACGACCCAACACUCCGCCCAGUCGCUUUGACCGUCUUCUUUGUCAGCUAUGUCGCCGUCGAGCUUCCAAGGUCAGUCAAGAUUCCCCUCGCUCCCUGUAUGCGCCCUGCUUCUUGCUAAUGCCCAGUGAACCUCGCAAGCAUGAUUUGGUUCAAAAAGAUCGGUGUGCGGUACUGCAUUCCUGCGAUCAUGGUCGCUUGGGCCAUCGUGAUGACCUUGAUGGGAGUUGUGCACAAUGCCGCCGGCUUGCAAGCGGCUCGCUUCUUCUUGGGCUUGUGCGAAGGUCCUGUGAGCAGAGCGUUCUGCCUGCGCGUCCGUCCGUGCUGCUCCACUGCUCAGCAUCUUCCUGAUCACUUCUCCUGUCCUAUCGCAGCUGUUUCCCUUGCUCAACUAUAUGCUGAGCUGCUGGUACACGCGCAAGCAGCAAGGCACGCGUGUUGCAAUCUUCUUUUCCGGCGCAACGCUCAGCGGCGCUUUCGGCGGCAUCUUGGUACGUGUGCCCAGCGAUGCCUUUGACCCCGAAAGCAACCAGAGCUGGCGUCGCAGUUUCAUAGAGCUGAUCAUCAUCUAUCUCGCAUUUCUGCUUGUCAUCAGGCGUACGGCUUGUCGCGUAUCCCUAUGCCAGCUGGUCCUUUCCAAGGAGAGAAUUGGCACUGGAUCUUCAUCAUCGAAGGCAUACUCACCCUUGUCUGUGCCCUGCCAGGCUACUGGUUAUUGGUGGAUUUUCCAGCAGUAGAGAAGCGUCUGCUAUCGCCCCUUGAAUCUGCUCAGUGGAACCAUGUGCUUGCGAAGAGCCAAGGUGUGACCAAUGCCGAAGUGCCCUUCUCAUGGUUGCAAGUCAAGUCAGGCGUAGGCGAAUGGCGCACUGUGAGUCGAACUCUCUGCGUGCCGGCGCAGCUGUUGUCAGAUCACCUCGCUCAUGAUAGAUUGGGAAUGCCGCGACAGUGGGUGCAUGCAAUCAUGUAUCUGGCGAUUGCCAAUCCUCUCUAUUCGCUGGCUCUAUUUACCCCCCAAAUCAUCACAGGUGAGACUGGGAUAGAUCCACAAAAGCACAAUGCUCUGCUGACGUUGCGAUGUACGCAUCGGCACAACAGGUCUCGGAUCAUUUCCCAGAACCUCUGCCAAGUGAGUCCCUCUUUUGCACCUCCGUUGCUGCAGCACCACCUCAACGUGGUACUUUCCUGCCGCAUUCAGCCUCUUGUCCGUCCCGCCAUACGUGGUCGGUUUCAUCACGACUAUUGCCAUGGCUUGGUUCAGCGACAAGUUCUUGGUCAGGAGUAUACCCAUCAUCGCAGGAAUGCUAGUGACUAUUGUAGGCUACAUCAUUCUGAUCUGCGAUGUGUCUGCAGGAGUCAAAGUGGGUACUCAAUGAAGACUGCUAUCUUCCCCGUCAUCACGCCUGCUGACGAGCUACUCCUUCCUUGCAGUACUUCGCUCUUCAUUUGACCGUGGCAGGUGUUUCGCCAUGUAUCGCUCUUGCCAUCACGUGGACUGGCAACACCUUUGGCCCGGCCUACAAGCGGUGAGCUGUGCCAACACAUGUCCUGCAAACACUUGGGCUGACGGUUGUCGAUCAUCGUCUGCGUAACAAACAAAGUGCCACCUCAAUGGCGAUAUUCUUCUCCUUCGGAAAUUCUGCCGGUCUGAUCUCCAGUAACGUCUACCCCUUGGCAGAGGCCCCGCGAUACUUUAAAGGUCACGGUAUCAAUCUUGGCUUCAGUGUAUUGGCCAUUGCCUGCGCUGUAGUCUUGGGUCUGGCGAACAUGCGCGAGAACAAGCAGAGGGACAAGAUCUCGUAUGCCAAUCCUGACGGAAGCUCUGCCGACCCUCUGAAGGCGAACGAUGAGGACGAAAAGGCUAGAUGGGGUCUGACAGGAAUGAGCAGGGAAGACAUUGUGCUGCUUGGCGACAAACACCCUGGUGAGCUUCGAGCGCGUCUGAGCGAGAGCUCGGUGUGGCAUGCACUUGGCCCUCUUGCUUACGGACCACGAAUGUCACGUUCUGCUUAUCAUGCGCCACGUUUAGCUUUCCGAUAUGCGCUUUGA